CCCUCCUUCACUUUUCCAGGGCCCCCCCAAAUCUGGCUCCUGUCCCAUCUGCACUCCUUAGGGUCAGUCCCCCCAUCCCAACCCUGGCGAUCCCCAAGCCCAGACCCUGGACCCACCCUCCCUGCCACGUGACCGAGGGGUUGUGCAAUCCAGCCCCCUCCCCUGACUCUCUCCCUGAGGGGAUUUUCGAGGAGGGCUGAGCUCACAGCCGCCGGCACCCCUGCCCCCCCCAGGGGGCUGGGCCAAGGUAUAAAUAGGGGUGGUGUCUGCAGGCUGCAGCAAGCCCAGCCCAGCACCACCAUGCUCACCCUAGAGGCUGCACAGCUUGACGGGCCACACUUCAGCUGCCUGUACCCAGAUGGAGUCUUCUAUGACCUGGACAGCUGUAAGCACUCCAGCUACCCCGACUCAGACGGGGCUCCUGAUCUAUGGAGCUACGGCCUCAGUCCAGCUGUCCCAGCCGCCUCCUAUGAAACCUUUGACCCGGCUGUGGCCACCUUCGGCCACACCCAGGGUGUCCAGCUCUGUUACGGACCCUCAACCUUCAGCCCUGUGGGGAGCCUGGACCCGGCCCCCAGCCUGGAGGCCCCGGGGCCUGGCUUCCCAGCGUACCCCACGGAGGACUUCACAAGCCAGACUCUGGGCCCGCUGGCGUACGCCCCAUACCCCAGCCCCGUGCUGUCAGAGGAAGAGGACCUCCUGCUGGACAGUCCCACCCUGGAGGUCUCGGACAGCGAGUCGGAUGAGGCCCUCCUGGCUGGCCCCGAGGGGAGGGGGUCUGAGGCAGGGGCCCGCAAGAAGCUGCGCCUGUACCAGUUCCUGCUGGGGCUGCUGACGCGCGGAGACAUGCGCGAGUGCGUGUGGUGGGUGGAGCCGGGCGCCGGGGUCUUCCAGUUCUCCUCGAAGCACAAGGAGCUCCUGGCGCGCCGCUGGGGCCAGCAGAAGGGGAACCGCAAACGCAUGACCUACCAGAAGCUGGCGCGCGCCCUGCGCAACUACGCCAAGACCGGUGAGAUCCGCAAGGUCAAGCGCAAGCUCACCUACCAGUUUGACAGUGCGCUGCUGCCCGCCGCCCGCCGGGCCUGAGCCCGGGGCGGCCUCUCGAGGCCUCUCAGGGGCUCCACGCCUGUGUCACGUGGGCGUCCCCACGCCCUAGGUCAUGGGACCCACGGAUCCCCCACCCUGGCUGCGGGGGCGGGGCGCUGCCUCCAUCCCUAAGCCCUGCCCAGGGUCCCUCUGGGCUCCCCCCAGUCAUGUCUGGGGCCUCUUUGGGAUUCCCUUGUCAUGUCCAGGAGCCCCAAGAUCUUCAUGUCUUGGGUUGAAGGACCCAGAGACGACUAUACUUAUGUGUCUGUGUGGAGGGGCGGGGCAGGGCAGUGCUUCCAGAAUCCCAAGAGCUUCUCUGGGAUCCACUUGUGAUGUCUGAGAUCCCUUGUGUGUCUGCGAUCUCUCAGUCUCAUCUAGGGGAGGGUGAGCCUACAGAUCAUCACACCAAGAGGGGGACUCUGCCAGCAACCCUAAGCCCUGUCCAGGGUCUUUCUGGGAUACCCUUGUCAAGUCUGAGUCCCUCCUGUCCCAUCUGAGAUCUCCUAGUUAUGUCUGGGUCCCUCUGGGAACCCUUUGCAUACAUGUCUCUGUGCCCAUCUGUGACUCUCAUUCUGUCUGUCCCCCCCAAAUCCCUUUGUCAUCUUUGAGAUCCCCUAAUUCUCUGGAACCACCCUGCUAUCACUUGUUUAUGUCCGGAAUUCUCCGAUCACCUCUGCGAUGCCCUUGUUUGUCUGGAAUCCUCCAAUCACGUCUUGAGGCCCCUCUGGGAUCCUCAUCUGGUAUGCCCUUUUGGGGACCCCGCCAGCAGCUCCGAGUUCUCCCGGGGACCCUCCGCCUCCUGUAAUGCCCUCCCUA